CACUUAGGAGAAAUUACAAAACGCAGAGUUUAAGGCGGGCGAGAAUAUUUGCCCAACAAAAGAGUGGGAGAAUUGAGAAGGCGGGGAGGUGUAGCGGAGAGGGAUGGCUAGAGUUGAGGCACUGAACGCCUACAGAGCUCUGCUCAGAGCCACCAGAAAAACCUUCGCCGGCGAUGCUUUCAUGCUGAAAGAGUCGGCUGUCGAAGUUCGGCGGAAAUUUGAAGACAAUCGGCAAGUGACGUCAGAGGCCGAUAUUCAGAAACUACUGGGAGAGGCACAAGAGGCCUCUCAUUUCAUUACCAACAUGAUAGUCCAAGCCAAGCUCAACUCUAGCGGCGGUUACGCUGUAAAACCGGAUAAAGAACAUGCAGGAGCAACAUUGGAGGUUCCUUCCGAAGAACUCCUUAGGAAGUCUUGAGGAAAAUGGCAAUGAACGCUGACUGGAGGUAUGAACUUUAGGAGUGUCUGAAGGACUCGGAUUUUAUGUAAUUCCAUUUUGUUUCUAGCAAGAGUUAGCUCUCUGGUCAUAUGAUUCUUGUUCGAAUUUCUUAUCACCCCUUUCAAGGAAAUAUUGAAUAUAGGAGAACCAUAUAAGUUAUGAAAUUACUAAUUUGACGUUUUAAAUUUUGUGUAGCACUUAAAGAAUUAGGUGAAAUAAUGCGAUCACUGUAUAAGGGAAUGUUUGAUAGUUGCUGCUUGUUGAACUAUGCCCGCAAUUCUCACCAUUUGUCAUACAUUUGUUUUUGGUGCAAUCUCAAAUAAACGCACUGCAGAAAAUGCACGAGUAAAACAAAAGGCUCCACAGACUGGUUUCUAAGUCCAUUA